CACAGCUAUGAGCGGAAGAAACGAGAAAGCUUCUGAAAGUGCCGGCAAAAAAGCUUCAGCUCCCACCACAGAAGAGCAGCCUAGUGGGAGCAGACUGAGAAAACACGAUGAAGAGCCUUCUGAAAUCAAUGCAAAAAGGCCCAAAACAACAGAUGGAAACUUAGCGAAUACUGCACCGUUGGAGCAGUUUACCUCACCAGAAAGUAAUAUUCAAGUCGCAAAUGGAUAUCCAUCACUUAAAUCUAUAUUGGACUUAAACGAGUAUUGCUGGAUCGCCUUAUUUUCUUAUCUCAGUUUGAGGGACCAACUAAAGCUGGCUGGUUCUAAUCGCAAUAUUUCAGAAAUCUACAAGUCCUAUAUACGCAAUAGAUACAGACAUAUUGAUGAGCACGUUACAGCCAACAUCGAUGAAACCGAUUUGGCCCAUCUUCUGGAACUCAUGGGUGAAAAAGUAAUCAGUUAUGAGUCACCAUUGGAUCCCCAAAGCGAUGGAGAGCAGCAUUUGUGGCUUCUGUCACGCCGCACCCGCCAGCUGCAGCACUUGAAGAUGACCUUCCGACGCCGCAGUGGGACUGACCUCCUGAGUUUGCACCAGCUGACCUCUUUGCAUGCCCGCCUGCAUUUCCUUAAUACGGAAUCCUAUACCAAAUUUGUUUGCAACCUUGUUCACUUGCCAUGCCUAAGGAAACUGAAGUUGGAGGCGCCCAAUUACAAUGGCGAUGGUUUGCAUAUGCUAGAGAAUCUCGAGUUUCUUGAGGUUGGCACUCAUCCUGGAUUCGAUGCCGAAAAACUGGCCAUUUGUUGCCUGAAGAUGAAGAGGCUUCGGCACCUCAAUAUAGGCAAGUACAUCGACAACCUCACAGUGGAAAACUUUAGGGUGAUUGUACGGAAUUGUCGCAAUUUGGAGCGGUUGGCCUUCGGAGAACACCUCCUCGGACGCAGCGUACCCUACGAGAUCAUCUGCCAGCUGCCCAGGCUGAAGCACUUGCAGUUGUGGCAUUCGGACUCCAUCAAGGCAAAUUUCAUCGAGGGACUUGUGAACAAGAUGGGCGACCCGCUGGAGAGUCUCGUUUUGAUCGGAUACGAACUGAGGAGCGAACAGGUGGAGCAUCUGUGCGAUAUAUCCUCGCUCAGAGAACUCCAUGUAGCCUGCGAUACUGUUCCCUUGGGUGGCCUUUUGAAGCUGAAGAACAUUGAGUAUCUUCAUAUUGACAUGCCAGACAUAACCAACGAUCAACUGAUGGAGCUGCUAAAGGGCUGUCCACACCUGAGUGUACUCAGUGUUCGAAACUGUAAUUUAAUUACCUUGGAUUUUGUACGUGAUGCAACUCGGUUCUGGAAGCAGAAUCGCAGUCGACCCGAAUUGGUCCUAAGCGUUUAUCUGCAUGAUUCAUCUGUAAACUGGAAUUUAGUUUGGAAGUUUUGUAAUGAUAGGGUUAUUCGCUUUCUACAGGGUUCUCUACGCUCUUCCAUUUUAAUAAACCAAGAACUUUCGAAUAGAAAUUAAGUAAAGCAGUCAUCGUAACUUCUCAAAAGAUAUUUUGAAUAAAUCUAUUAAUAAAAAAAAAUAUAAAAAAUAUAUAUAAAAUGUUGCAAAUAUGUAUCAAGUAGGAUGAAUAUUGAAAUAAAACUGUCGAAAACGAAUCAUUCGUUUAUUUUACACUAAUUUGUCAUAUCCUUAUCAUAUUUAUAGGGAUUUUUACCACAAAACCUAUUCCGAAAUGGGUAGUUUACAUUAUAGAAUAUGACAUUUAAAAGACGAUUUCACAAAUAGUAAAAGUGUAUGUGAACUUCUAAUGAAAAACUCACUCUCGCACAGACUGGUUUACAUACCAACACAUUUGUUCAAAUAGCCAGCAUUGGUGAUUUUAAUUAGACAUAAGGUAUUUUGAUUAAU